UCACGAUCUAUAAAAAGCAGUAAGACUAUAAUUCUUCAUUUACAUUAAGGCAGCACCAUGGAAGGGCAGCACUUCACCUUCUGCGAAGCGCCGGCGCGCCAAUAUUCCAGCAUCACAGGCAAAAUGGCGUUGCAGCAGAGUAGCCGAGUCGUGAGGAGCUUCAGAUUUCUGCCGUGUUUAAGCCAAACACGGUUUUCGCAGUCACAGUCCGGCGAAUGGGGCAGUGGCUCUGGAAAGGGCGGCGGCGGUGGCGGCAGCGUCCGUGAAGCUGGUGGUGCCUUUGGCAAGAUGGAGGCGGCUAGGGAGGAAGAGUACUUCCGCAAGCUGCAAGCUCAUCAAAUUGAGGUGCUCAAGGAGCACAUCGAAGACGAAAUCAAGCAACACGAGAAACUUAUCAAGCAGCACCAGGACGAGAUAGAGAGGCACAAGAAGAAGAUUCGGGACCUCAAGGAACACUGAGAUGAAAGUUUUGGGAGAGAGCUCGUGCCCCUGCUUAUUCCGUUUAUGUUAAAUUUUUUUUUUUUUUGCCUGUUACCUGCUAUACGAGAGGAACAAUGAGCAACCUCGGUGAGCUGUGUUUUUUUGUAGCUAGGGUGAAGUAAAGAAGUUGCAAGAUUGCA